UAACGCUCAACAAUUAGCAUAAAUUUAUAUUAAAUACUAUUUAUCCACUGCUGAAAGUCCUAAUAUUAUUAACGACUUUUAACUGCUCUCUUGCACAGUUCGAUAAUUCGUGUUGUUCCAAAUAUGUUUAUCAACAAAAUAUGUCGAACGUUUAUCAGUGUUACUUAUGAGUGAAAGUGAGUAUAUCUAAGUGUGCGGCGUCCCCAGAAGAGAUGCAGCAGGCGGGGGGUUCUGCCUCGGAGGUGGAGAAGGUGUUAUCUCCAUCCGAGCUUCACCUCAUGCGUCUCGUAGUGUGCGGGCUGCGCGCGGCGGCGCGUGCGGCGAGCGCGUCGCGGCAGACGCGGGGCUCUGUGGAGGCGGCGGCGUGCCGCGUGAUCGCCAGGCAGGCGGGGAGGAAACACGACGAUGUUCUGGGCUUGUGGUGGAGUUUUCGAGCGUCGUCACUGCGUAAACUGCGCGCUCAUUUAGCGCGCGGCGACGUGGCGGGGGCUGAUGAGCGAUUGUCUGCUCUAGAGUGGGCCGUUGUAGAUCUGCUAAUGCUAUACGACACGCUGCUUCUUAGUGUGGCGAGCUUCCACCAGCGCGCGCAGCUGGCGGCCCUGGAGCGCACCUUCGAGCUGGUGCAGCGGUUCGAGCUGGAGCCGGAGCUCGGGGGGGCCGUGGCGCCGGAACAGUGGCGCCGCGCGGCGGGCUGCUACUGCAACAAUGGCGUAGUGUUGUCGGCGGUGGCGCUGCAGCGGCGCUGGUACGAGCUGAAGCUGGACACGCGGCAACGCGUAUGUGCCCCCCGCGUGCCGGGCACCCCUCGCCCGCUCCUGGUGCCGAUACACGAGGCCGUCGCGAACAGGUACCCCCACGUGGUGCACUCACGAGAGUUUUUGACGUGGCGUGAGCUGGUGGCGGCGGGGAGAGUGGCCGAACCUACCAGCGAGCGCGGGCCGGCGCCGGGCGAGCCUCGCGUGGGCGCCGUGGCCGCUGUGCUCACACACGAUGCGGAUAAAAGUGUAGAGACUAUUGAUUUACUGGAUGACGAGGAACUCGAAAAUAGUGCUCACAAUGAAGCACCAGGACCAGCCAGCACCUCCAAUAUUACUGCAGUCACUACUGCUGGCAAAGAACUUAGUGGUUCAGAGAAUGCUCAAAGAAACAGUACUAAAAAUAUAAACCAUAACAAAAAUAACCCUAGAAAUAAAGGCUUUGAUAAAAAUAUAGAUGUAAAAAUUAAACCGGAAAUAAUAGAAAUAGAUGACGAUGCUCCGAGUCCGAAGGAAGACAUUAUAGACGCGAUGCACGAUAUAGACUUAAAUGAUGUAGAUGCGACGAUAGUCUAUGAAAGUGACGAGGAGGACGUUAAAACCAUCAUCGACGUUCAAAUGGGUAACGUUGAUAAAGCUGCAGAGACUGCUACAGCUGUGAACGAAAAUAAUGAAAACUCUAAUAUUAGUAAAGAAAAUGUUAACAAUUUAAUUCAAUACCAUGAACUUAAAGUUGAAAGCAAUUGGAACGAUUGCCUUAAUAUCUCAAACAUCAGUGAUGAAGAUAAAAAAAUUGAUAUUGAAGAACAUAGCCUUGUAAAAGUAGAAGAAUCUAAUAGCGAUGAAAAAUACGUUAUUUGUUCUUCUCCUGAUUUGAAUAAACAAAUAGAAAAACUUAGGUGCAUCAAAGAAAGUAGUGAAAAUGUCAAUAUCAACAGUGAAAUUGGAAAUAAUUCAGUUGUAUGCAAUAACCUUGACGAAAUAGCACAGCAAUUGAAAGAGGAAAUACUUCAUAAAUGUUGCGAUGUGCCGUUAGCGCUAAAUGAAGACACAAGCGAUAGUAACACUAGUCAAGAGUCAAGUGAUGAUAUUCCUGCUAUUGAUCCCAAGCUACUGAUGUGCCCGGUAAUACUAUUACGAAGAAUAGAUGACCCAAGGCCUAUAGAUAAACUACCAUUACCAAUCCAUAGACAAUCAAACACCCAAAAAUAUUCUGAAACUUCAUACUGCAGAUUAUUUUAUGAGAAAAAUAAAGCUAAAUUGUUCUAUGAAAGAAAUAUAUCUAGAUCGUUCUAUGUGAAAAACAAAGCACUGUUAAAACAAUGCAAGCCUUGUAUGGUGUCUUUGAGGAGGGUGGAUGAGGAGGGGGAUAGAAAUAUGGGGGGUAACGGGAGGAAGAGAGUGCGACUGCCGGAUAUGGAGAAAGUGAAAAGGAAUAAUCGUGGUAUAUUGACGGCGGAGGUUGCGCCGCUACUGCCUAUGCAGAGUGCCACCAUGGUCAAGCGAGUGCGACCCAAUCCAACCUACAGAGAUCAAUUUGCUACCUCAUCAUCGACUUUACAAGCUUCUGGUUCAAAUCCUUUACUGAACACGUUCCGACCUUCAGUCCCGCCGCCAUGGACACUAAUUCUAAGCCAAACAGACUCACAAACAGACAGGGGCAGACAAGACCCAGAGCCAUCUUCCUUGUUGGAACAAUUGCAUGUUGGCAACACUUAUCAGAAUUCAUCAGUAAUUGAUCCUGCAUCACAACAAAACUAUUUCAUAAUUCCUCCAACUCAGUAUAACAUGCUGCAAUCCCAAAACGGCUCUUUACUUCAAAAUCAAAGUUCUCAGAGCCAAUUACAGAAUUUAAAUGCUCCUUUGCAAGGUUUCAUGUCGAAUCCAAUGUUACAAGCACCUAAUACAUACUGGCCACAUGGUCUACAACAAAAUAUAACAAAUAACUGGCCUCAAAUACAGGGAACAGAAAAUGUAUUUACAAACAUGUGCCCGUCUGUGCUUCAGACAUUAGAAACAAAAACGACAGCAACAGGAAUUAUACCAACACCAAACAUAUCAACACAGAAUUUAGCGAUGCAAAAUAUAUCCACACAGAAUAUGCCAACGCAAAAUAUAUCAACACAAAAUAUGACAAUGCAAAAUAUUUCCACACAAAAUGUAGUUGCGCAAAAUAUAUUAACGCAGAAUAUAGCCACGCAAGAUAUACCGAUACAGAAUAUGUCUACGCAAAAUAUAUCAACGCAGAAUAUAGCAACGGAAAAUAUGGCAACACAGAAUAUAGCAACGCAAAAUAUGGCAACACAGAAUAUAGCUGCGCACAAUAUAGCAACACAAAUGCAAACUUCAGAAACACAGAAUGUCGUUACAGCAGAUGAAGUAGAAGCAGCGAUAUCAACACGGAAUAUAUUAACUCCGAAUACAGCAAUGCAAAAUAUGCCAACACAGAAUAUGGCAACGCAAAAUAUACCAACACUAAAUAUAGCAACGCAAAACAUAUCAUCACAGAAUAUACCAACACUAAAUAUAUCGACACAGAAUGUAACUGCGCAAAAUAUAUCAACAAAGAAUAUGACAACGCAGAAUAUAGGACCGCAAAAUCAAACUCCAGAAACUCAGAAUGUAACUUCAGUAGAUGAAUUAGCAGCAGCGAUAGCAACUGGAAAUAUAUUAACUCAGAAUACAACAAUGCAAAAUAUAUCGACACAAAACAUACUAACACAUAAUAUGGCAACACCAAAUAUAUCAACACAGAAUAUAGCAAUGCAAAAUAUACCAACUAAGAAUAUAGAAACACCAAAAAUUUUGAUACCCAACUGGGGAUUGGCCAAUAUGGCUGGCGUAAUACCGUUGACCCAGACAAGUGUCAACCAGCCUAGUCUAACGAUUGACGGAACUUUACUGGCUCAAAAUUUUCAAGGCAUUCUUCUAAAGCAACAAGAACCAUUAAACCAAUUUAUAACUGGUUCACAACCUAAUCCAUUUAUAGUGAACCCUUCCUGCGUUAAUACAGCGCCCACAUCGACGCUUUUGAAUCCACAGUCUACGUUUGUUACCAACCAAGCCUUGCUAUGUGGGUCGGUGUUGCAAAUCAUGCAGCCUACCCCUGAUGGUUCUACCAGUAUGUCUCAACCGAAUCCGUUUGAAGACUCUACCAAUUCUAAAAUACUGCAACAAAACCCAAUUGAAGGUUCCUCCGACACCAGCGGUACAAUGGACGUGGACGGAGAAACUAAAGAUACAAGUGCUACUUGUUUGAAAACUAAAGAACUAGUUGAUGUGCUUCAGGUUGUGCCUGUAGAGAAUCUUUUUGAAAUGAUACCGAUAACGUACACGGAUGAGGUGAACGUUUCAUACAAAAGUUCACACAUCCUUGACUGGGGCUUGUUCCCGCUCUCGCCAUCUUAUUUAAUGAAAGAGCGCAAACUGGACUUCAAGCGCGUUCUGUGCACUGGCCCAGGCCAGGGAUGGCUGAAGGGUCACCUGGUCGUCAGCGACCAGCAGAAGCCGCCGCCGGUGGCUGCUAUAUGGUCAUUAAGGCCUAGGGUCAGACUGCUACUACCGAAGUCGAAGGAGGAGUGCAAGGAUGGUAGAGCGGCCCCGAACGUGUCGUUCCGAGACAGACUGUACCAGAAGCUCUUCGACUUUCCACUCACAUAUGCUAUGAUGCUGGUGGCAGUGGAGUCCGCGGCUGCGUGUCGGCAGCUGCUGUCCCGCGGCGCCGCACUGCAGCUGUACUGCCUGCAAACUGGAGUCUUGCACCCGAUACAAGCACAGCGUUUUGACAACGGCUCCUUCAUCCUAUCCGGCGACGCCGACAUCGAGUCCCCGCUCGCGGAGCUAACCCGCCGCCUGCACCCGCAGCCCUCCGCGCCGACGCCGACGCCGGAGCCAUCCGCAGCAUCCACGCCGACUGCGCCAAUACUUAGUGCGCUCAUCUCCGCCGCGCCGAGACCGUUAUCCGGUCAACAAGCACCUGAAGUGGUGGCGACGGCGCCGAUGUUAAGCGCGUUGAUUUCUGCGGCGCGAAAGCCUCCAGAGCUGAAAUCUACCUUUGAAGCAGGAUUAUGUUCGCCAUCAUCAGUCUCAUCUGAAUCUGAUGGGCUAUCUAUAUCUACGUUGUUUGAGUUAUCAUCAGUGUCAUCUGAAUCGGAAUCAGCACCCACGCCUCCUCCAUUGUCACCCAACCCAGGCCCUUCUGCCUUGAUACCAUCCACGCAACCUGUUGUAUCAUCUACCCCCACGUGGACAUCACCAGCUCCGGAACAAUUAACAUCCACACCGACUGCGCCAGUAGCUUCCGAGUCGUCCGCUUCACUACCAACCAGUUCGACUGCUCAAAUACAUCCCACGCAGACCGAAGAGAGAUCCACGGCGAUACGACCUAAGUUGAAACGAAACGAAACGAAACCAGUAACCACAGUGACUGCUCUAAUAGCAUCCACGCUAUCUUCAGUAGCAACGAAAAUAACUGCUCAAAACACGCAGGCAGAGCCAAAACACGCAUGGAGACGACCAAAGAGACGACCAAAGUUGAAACCACCGGCGUCGGCGAAAGAAAUAACGGUGACUGCUCUACUGGCAGCCGCGCUGUCUUCAGUACCAACAAAGUCGACUGCUGAUAUACUACCCGCGAAUGACACGCAGGCAGAGACGAAACCCGCGCGGAGACGACCAAAGUUGAACCCACCAGCGCCGAGGAAACAAGUCACAAAGCUAACUGCUCAAGUACAAUCCACGCUGAUUGCUUCAGUACCAACCGAGUCGGUUGCUCAAACACCACCCGCGGUGAAACGGCCCAAGUUUAAACCAUCUAUACUAAAACCACCAACGUCAAAAUCAUCAGCGCCAAAAACUCCAGCGUCGAAACAAACAACGUCAAAUCCUUCGGCGCCGAAUUCGCCGACGUUGAAAACAUUAAAACUAAAACCAUCCACACCGAAAAUAGCGGCGCUGACUGUGCCGAUGUCCGUGCCAGUACGUUCCUCGUUUAUACCCCCCGAUCUUCUACAGGCAAUAUCCACAGCUCAAGAAGAGAAUACGCAAUACGAGUGGAACGUGUUGUCGGAAGCGGAGUUCGUAGCCCACUACCGCCUGCCCAGGCGCCGCGUGCGAGCACUGGCCAGGGAGUUAGGACCACUCAUACAGAACCAUUGUAGUAGGAAACUCUUGUCCUGCCUGCGGUACUUAGCAACGGACACUGCACGCCCCCUAACGGGCGCCUCGGAAGUUAUUGAUGCGCUCAACCACCACACUUUCAUCAAUAAGUAUAUCACGUUCCCGCUGCAGGCGAAGGCGCGGGAGAGGGUUACACACAGGUUCAAACAACUAUACAAGCUUCCUAACGUAUUGGGCGUGGUCGACGGGGUGCAGAUAGCAAUACACGACCUGCCUCCGGCCCAAGAGGAGGGUUUCCUCAACCGAGCCGGCUUCCACUCGCUCAACGUGCAACUUAUCUGCGACGCCGACCUGAACAUAUUAAGUGUGGAUAACAGCCAGGGUGGCUGUGUGCAUGACUGCGCCAUCUGGGCGGCACAUCCGCUGCACCUGCAGUUGCAACGGCAGCAUGAAGAAGGAGGACGCGUUUACUUGCUAGGAGAUUCCGGCUACCUCCAGCGCGUAACCCUCAUGACGCCCUUCCCCACCCCCUCCGACCCCUACGAAACCCUCUACAACUUCCACCAUUCCCGCGCCUGGAGCUCCAUCAAACAAUGUAUCCACUUGCUCCGACAACGAUGGAGAAGACUCACUAUACCACUACCAGAAAAUAAAGCGAGAAAAAUAAUCAACGCUUGCGCAGUCUUACAUAAUAUGGCGCAGCAAUGUAGUGCUCCGGUACUUCCACCGGAUGUAGAUUUAAAGGAACAGGAAAGGAAAGAUGCAUUGUUAGAGGAGCAGCAAGAGAGCGCGGUGGUGAGUCUGGUGACGGCGCCAGACAGAGACAGACUGCUACGGGAGUGGAAGAAAGGUGUUGCUGCUAGGAAUCUUCUCGUGGAAUUGUUAAAAAGCACCAUCGAAUCUGGUGUUAGAUGAAGUUAAAGUGUUUAGCCUAAUUUUUGAAAUAAAGGAAAAGGCUUGGGACCGAGAACAGUACCCUGUGGCAUUUCAAUGCAGAUAUGUUUUUUCUUACUCAAUGCCUUCUUAAUUUUUACUAUUUCUUGUCUAUUUGUAUAAGAGCUAAAAUCUUUUACGAUUCAAACCCUCCUAAUGCCUCUAAGUUACUACAGAAAAUGAGAAUUGCAAUCUAGACCAAAUCUAAGGCAUUGGUUGGAGACUACAAAUAGAAAUGGUAACAAAAACUAUCGGAAAAGAGAGCGAGUCCUGUUACAAAACAUCUACCGCAAAAAUGUGUUUUUGUUUGUUUGCCUUUAUAAUAAAUAAACUAAUUUUGAUUUCAUUUUUGAUCCGAUAUCACAUAUUUAGAAUUGAUACACAAAAUGUGCUAAACCUUUUCCCUGAUUUUAGUAAAUGUGUUUUUCUUUAUUCACCAACGUUGUUAAAUAAAUUGUGUAUCAGUAAAAAAAAUCUUUAUUGUUCUAUCAUUUUCGAGAUCUAAUCUACUUAUUAUUUACAAUUUUAUACCAUGUAAAUAAAAUCAGUACUUAGUUAAUUUUAUUGUUAAGCAUCAAAGAAUGGUUUAUUUUUGUUAUGACAA